AUGAAGACUCAUCGUAUAUCAGACCUUUUCAUUGGGAUCAUUUUCCUUUUCUCCGGGGCGGCUAACAGCCUUGCCCCUCGUUGGCCGAGUCCUGAUUACAACAACUUGACUGUCGCUUUAGUUCGAGCACCUCCCGUCAAUUGGCCCCUGCCCUUGAUGAACAAGAAUUGGACGGAUGUUGAAUUCGACUUGGACGGCUCCGUCGAGAAAGGCGUUGGUUUGAUCAAGCAGGCCGCUGACAAUGGUGCCAAUCUUAUUGUUUUUCCUGAGCUAUGGUUUCCUGGAUACCCUAAAGGAAUUGCAGAUAAUGUCUCAAUCGCUAACCACCUCAAAAACUACUACGAUAACUCUCUAGUUGAAGGAAGUUCACAGUGGAAUAAGCUUCUUUUAGCUGCGAAAGAGAACCAUAUCUACGUUGUUCCCGCGUUCUCUCACCGUCAGGGUGAUUACAUCUACAUGGCACAGGCGUUGAUUUCUCCUGCUGGUGAGACAAUUCUACUUCGUCAUAAGCUUAGGCCAUCUGGUGGGGAGCGAGAGAUCUGGUCUGACGGCACCAUUGAGGAACUGAAGGUGGUCGCAACCCCUUACGGUCGUUGGGGGUUGCUAGAAUGCUGGGAGCAUUUCCAUCCUGCUAUGACAUAUAAUGUUCAGUCGCAAGUUGAGAAUUUGCAUAUCGCCUCAUUCCCAUACAUGCCGGACAGUGGGAACUCCGAAGCAGCAUAUUGGGAGUCCCUUGAUGUCAACGUGGCAGCUACCCGAACUUACGCUGUCAACUCACAAGCUCCAGUAGCUAUGGCUGCGGUGGGAAACGUGCGUUUCAUUGAUGGAUUUGGUAUUGACUUAGAGGUAAUAGAAGCCUCUGCGUCAUUUGAUAAAGUCCCAUUGGUGUACACAUCUUUUAAUACUACGGGACUCGGAAGUACCGUUCCGUAUGACACUGAUGGAGAGCAGUCGUGGGGAAUCCUGCAGCAGAUCAAUGCUGGUUCCCCAGCUACAUUCCCAAAGUGA